GGAAGACGAAGAACUCAGAAGCAGAACUACAGGAUACGUAUAAAAAAUCAAUCUCUAGUACUCUGGUGAAAGAACUAAUGGUGGAAUCUCACCCAUACUGGAAGGUUGCAAAGAUUGCUGUACGAGUUGUAUAGCUAGCUGCUUGCGCUGCAUGUGUUUUUGCUACGUCAGGCAGCCCAAACGCGGCAGCUCGUGGAACGAGGAGCCGGCGUAUCGAGCUGAACGGCUAGCUGCUGUUAAGCAAAUUCAUCUUGGGAGAGGAGACGAGGAUUGGGAACUGAGUGCACAUCAUCAAAACGUUCCAGCCGCACAAGGACAUGGCGUUGCCGAUAGUGGGUAA